UCUUGAAAUCUUGUUUAAAAAUAGCUAUGGAAAAAAAAAUUACCGCCAUAUGUACAAUCUUCAAAUAAUUUCAAAUAAACGUCGUCCUUAGGAUUUCUAUAACCAAGAUAUUUAAGUGUUCCAAUUUAAAUGUUUUACCUUGUAUAUCUUGUACAAUUGGCUCUAUCGAUGUCAUUUUUCUAAAAGUGAUAUAUAUCGCAUGUCUCAGAGAACAUAUAAAUAUACAUACAUAUUUACGUUGUCGUUCAUUCGCUGCUAAUCGCAUUCUACAAGUUUGUAAUUACAAACUAGAGGAAUUAAAAGAAAAAUAGAGGAGGGGCGUGGUGUCUUGUAAUUCGGUGGGGAUCUCGAUAUAAAUAUGUCCGUAUGAACGAUUAACGUUUUUAUAACUGUGUACGCUGUGUAGCAACAAUGACAGCUAGCAAAGAGGAAGGUAGUAGUGGCGAAGAUGCAACAAACAACGUAUCGCCAGGUAAACUGGGGAUUAGACAUUUGCAAGUCCUUCUACUUUUCUUAGCCAUGGUCAUCGGAUAUUUUCUUAGAGUGGGAAUGUCAGUGGCUGUCGUGGCAAUGGCAAAUGCUACUACAGCAAAUCCGAACAUUGAGGAUUAUGGAUGGGAUCCAGCACAAAGGUCAAGAAUCCUCAGCUCGUUUUUCUGGGGUUACACGGUAAUGCAGAUACCAUCAGGUUAUAUCACCACUAUUUGGAGUACUCAAAAGCUUCUCAGUUUGGGAAUGUUCUUUUGUGGUGUAUUUAGUUUAUUAAUGCACCUCGCUGCCCAUUAUUGCGGCAUUAUCGCAGUAUAUAUUUGCAGAGUAGGCAUGGGUGUCUGUCAAGGUUGCCUCUUACCUUCUGUUCACACUCUUCUCUCAAAAUGGGUGCCACCCUCAGAGAGGGCAAGACUUGCUACCUUCGCCUAUGCAGGAGCUCAGUUUGGUACAGUUAUCGCUCUUCCAAUUAGUGGUUUUCUCGCAGCAUCAUCAAUAGGAUGGCCUAGCAUUUUUUAUAUUUUUGGUGGCAUUGCUGUUUUGUGGAGUAUAGCCUUCUUCUUCUUUGGUUCUGAUACACCGUCCACCCAUUCAAGUAUUUCCAUAGAAGAAAAAACAUAUAUUGAAAACAGUCUGCAUAUUGCUAGUCCUAAAACCGAAGAGAAAUUACGGACACCAUGGAAAGAGAUUUGGACAUCAACACCAAUGUGGGCAUUGAUAAUUGUUCAUUGCGGUCAAAAUUGGGGAUAUUGGACUCUUCUCACAGAAAUGCCAACUUAUUUGAACUCUGUCUUAGGUUUUGAUAUUGAAAAGAACGGAGGUAUUUCAGCAUUACCCUAUUUGGUGAUGUGGAUGUUAAGCUUUCCUGCAAGCUGGUUGUCGGAUUAUGCACUUAAAAGGGGUUUCUCUAGAUCGAUAAUAAGAAAGUUUUCAAACAGUAUAGCUCAUUGGGGUCCGGCCAUAGCUCUGAUUGUUUUAGGUUUUGUCCCGACCAAUAAUCCACUUUGGACUGUUAUAAUUCUUAUUGUAGCAGUUGGUCUUAAUGCUGGCUCACUUUGUGGAUAUCAAAUAAAUCACAUUGAUCUUAGCCCGAAUUAUGCUGGUACUAUGAUGUCUAUCACUAAUUGUAUUGCUUCUGUCAUCGCGAUAAUUGCACCGAUAAUUUGUGGGGAAAUCGUUACUAAUUUGAGCGAUGAAUCUCAAUGGGCAAUAGUAUUUUAUGUUUCGGCUGGCAUUUAUUUCGUGGGUAAUUUGAUAUUUCUUAUCUGGGGUAAAGGUGAUGUACAAUGGUGGAAUGAUCCAAAAGCUGUUAAAGAGAGCAAAGAGAAAAAUCUAGUACCAAUAUAAGACCAAUUUAAUAUGCAAUAUUAAUUUUUAUAGAAAUAAUGUUUGCAAUUAUGUCUUGUAUGCAUUUUGUAUAAUGGCUGUUGACACAUGUAGUAUACAUAAGCAUAACACUAAUAGUAUCACUGCGUAUCAGUCACAUUUACAUUAUUCAUUUUUUCAUGUUAAUUUUUAGUUUAUAAUUUUCUUGUUAUUAUUAUUUUAU